UGUUGUAUCCUGCCGGCUGGGCAAACAACAGGUGAGCUGUGAAUCAGGAGAGAUAUUUAUUUAAGUUUCUCCUAUUACAUAUAAGACGCAGUGUGGUGUAGAAAAUCAUCAAAGGAAGAUAAGUGCGGCUGUUCGGUAAAAUGUACAGUGCCCGCGGAGUGUUUUUUACCAGUGGAAUUUGUGUUUUAUAAACGUGCGCAAAACGUGGGGGGUUUUCGGUUAAAAAUGGUUCGCAGUUAAAAUUGACCGAGUGUUAUUUAUUUAUUUUAUUUAUUUUAUAAUUUAUUUUAUAAUUUUCAUUUUAAAUUUAAUUGGAUGGAAACUGUCAUAGCCGGACGUAGAUAAAUAAAAAACAUAGAGGCGGGAUUGAGAUGAGGAAACCUCUCCUUCCCGCCAGCAAGCGGCCAGCGCAAGAAGUCAGGCAAACCAGGAGUGUUUCGGCGAACGAACUAAAAAAAAAGGUGAAAGGCAACAAGAAGCAAACAACCGGUAAGAGUAAUGAUUCUGCCGGGAGUAAAACCCAGUCGAAAGAUUCUAAUAUGACGACUAAGCCGAAGGUUGCCAAAAAGCCUUCGAACACUGGUCAAAAUGCCGGAAACGCAAAGCCAAAGACGCUGAUUAAAGAAAAACCAAAGUUAGCUAAAAAAUUCGUCAAGAAACCGUCGCUAAUAGCUAAAAAACAGACGUUGGAUAAAAUAGAGAAAAAGAAGAAGGCUAUUGGAAAAAAACAGGCCAACUCGACACCUAGUACUAGUUCAAACCAACAACCCGAAACACCGGCGCAAUCACAACAGGCCAGAGAAGCCGAAGAGGCCGAAAACGGCGAAACUUCGAGCGAGCCCGUCGAAGUUGUGAUUCAUGUCAAAAAGCCUCAAAAUAAAACCGGCCCUAAGAAAGUGAAAAAAACCGGUCCGUCCUCUGGUAAGAUCGGAAAGAGAAAAAUAUCCAAGCAGCCGGAGCCUGCCAAAAGUCUGAUUAAGAAUAUCGGCGGAACAAGUGGAAAGUUGGAAACCGUGGUAAGCACCAUUUUAGAAGUCGCCGUGCUCACGAAGAAGAUCACGCCGCCCAAGACUAAACCUUCGACUUCGAAAACCAUCGCGACGAAGAAACCGAUCAAAAAUAAACUCCAGAACAAAUUGGAAAUAAAAAACGUUGUGGAACAGAACGAGAAAGAUUCCUGCCAGGGUAAAGGAAAGGAUUCCAAAGAGGUCAAAGAAAAAGAGACCAAAAAGGAUGUCGAGAAAAAAUCGGGAAAGGACGUUAAAAAAGAAUCUAAAUUAGAGAAGAAAGACACGAAGGAAGAGCCUGUCGAUGCUAAAGAAGAAAAAAUGAAGGAAGCUAAAAAAGAUCCUAAGUCUCUCAAAGAAGACACAAUCGACAAUGUUAAGAAGAAACUUAAAAUUCUAAAACCAAAGAAAUCGGAGUCUAAGGAGAUUAAAAAAGAAGUAGAAAUAGUAAAAGCUGAUUCAGUUAACGUUGCAGAAGUUACGAAACAGAUAAGCAAAAAGAAAAAGUGCAACGAAAAAAUUAUAAAAAAGAAUAUUAAACAUAAGAUCAAAAUGUCAAAACCGGAUGACACUAAAUCGAGUAAAAAAUGCGCGGAGGAGGGCAAAGUUUCGCCGGCACCGGAAAAACUAGUCAGAAAAGAACGGAGCAAAUCUCCUACAAAGUCGAAAAAAGAGUGCAAUAAACGAAAUAUAUUCAAAGGAAAAACGGUAGAAAAAGUCGAGGAAAAGAAAGUAGAAAUUAUCCCCGUGGCCGAAACUAACAUCAAAGGAGAAGAGAGUGACGACGAUCUGAAAACGCGUCGUCUGAAACUGUUUGGCUUUUGGGAAGGCCCGCGACGACAUCGAGAAGCGUCGCUAAACGCCCUUGCCAAAGUUCAUUGCCUCUACGAAAACGAAAGCCGUGGAGCGAUGAUGGAAAUGUUCGACAAGUCCAAACAGCGUGUCGAUAAAAAGAAGACGGAAAAACCUAAAGAACAGAACUUAAAUGAAGCCGUCAUAAAAGCCGAACCGGAAACCUCAGACGAUAAAUCGGUUAAAAGCGAUUUUUCGUUGAUGAAAGAGGAGAACACAGUCACACGAAGGACACUCCGCACGACCCCAGGUAUGAGGAGUGUAGGUCGUCAUUACGACGUUGAAACAUCUUCCUCUUCUCAACCCUCGAGCGGUGACGAGUCUGACGUUUCGGAAAAGAAAACCAAGGGGAAGCAACGUCACUCCUCACCUCCUCCACUUCCUUCACCUUCCGCAGUUAAAGAAAAAGAAGUGAAAGAAAAGUUUGACGUACAGUCCGACGACGAGAACAAAAAGAAGAAAGAAGAACCGGUUAAGAAAGUGAGAAAAAGACGCAAAAGGUGCGAAUUGAUGAUGGACUUAAAGGAUAUGGUCGUGAGGAAGAGAAUGGCGUCUCUGAACGCGUCAGCGAUGCUCGCGGCUACAUACUCGAUGGAAAAACGUUCCGUUCGCGGCGAUGGCGAUCUACGUAAACGUGGUAUGAGAAAUUCUUCCGACGACUCGACCAGCACCGACAUGGACGUUGAGACGAGCGACGACGAAAUGAUAGUCAGCGGCUCGAGCAAAAAGGUGGCGGUCAUCGUCAACCAAGACACUGACGUGACCAUCACCGGCCUGUACGUCAACAGCACCACUCGGUCCACGAGGCACUGCAGCAUCACGGGGAUGCAAUACAGGAUCUCCUCGACCAGCCACACGCAGACUGAAUCGACAGCGGUCACAACAGAAACCGUCAUUCACACGACGGACCAUGUCAGCGUUAGCCACUCGCAAAGUGGCAGCAGUGUCGAGGCCGUUGGUUCCCCCGGUGGUAGUUGCAAGUCGUAUACACCACUCGGUGCUUUGUCCAGCAUGCAGCCACCGGGAAACAACAGCAACGCCCUCAUGCGGAGGCAUCCCUGUUCCAGUAGCGCAUUCUCAGCACCGUACCACCCGCACCAGGAAAUACACGGUAAGUUGCGUCUUAUUAACAAUGGACGAGAAACUUGAAAAUGCAAGGUAAAAACUCCACCUCGCCUUUUUAUAUUCGGAGCACUUUUGCACACAUUCAGAUCGUAGCAGCCGCUACAAAUCCAACCUGUUUAAUUCGUGAUAAUUUAACUUUGUAAUCAAUUCCGAGUUCGAACUGUAGUCUGCAUGAGAAUUAACUGAUGAAUCCGAAUUGUCGGAAAACGCAACAAUUGAAGCAAUGCUGUGCACUACGUGUUCUAUUCUACAAAAACAUAUUCUUCCAGUAAAACUCAAUCAUGUAAGGCCAGUAA